AUUUGAAUAAAAUGGACGAGACAGAGCAAGCUAAGACUGGAGCUCCCUUGCGAAGUAGAACUCAUGUGACGGUAUACAUCGAAUACUGUAUCAACUGUGAGAGCCACCAGUGGUGCACAAACCACAAAUCUGAUAAAUACCUUGGGUAUUUAAACAGAGUUAAGAGAGCAAUCAACGAAGUUGUUCCUGAAUGAUCUAUAAUAGAGAAUGACUUGCCUCCAGAGAAAUCCGAUCGGAUAAUUAAAACAUACAACAGCGUCACUUGUGAUACUGUCAUGAAAUAUAAGUCUAAAUAAAGGCGUCAAAUCUAGCUUCCCCCGGGUCGGGGCUUUUGAGGUUUAUAUUAAGCAACUAAAUUGAUUUUCAAAACUCAAAAGUGGAAUGUGGCCCAAUGCUGACAAACUAGCAACAAAGAUCAGAGCAAUCGUUGAUAAUUUAGCAGAAGGAAAAUCCAUGCUCGCCGAUAUCGAGCACAAAGACAUGAGUGAAAGUGAGCCUGAAGAGGUACCCAGAGAGUUGCCUAACCCAAAAUCCUCCUUUGUGAUCCCUAAAGUACAGAGAAAGCUUGUUAAAAAGAAGAAGAAGCCAAAGAAAUUUAGAAGAAAUAAUCGAGAAUUCGUCAACAAAACUGCUUAUCAGAUGUCUGAUUCAAGCCAAGACAGGCUCGAGUCUAAAGGCCUCAAAGAUCAGAAGGAAAAAGCUCAAUCUGAAGAUGAAUAUGAAAAUGAUUUUGAUGAUGAUGGUGAUAAGGACCAAGAUAGCGAUGAAUAUGGAGAUGACGAAGAUUUUGAAGGAGAGGCUCUUCAAGAAGAGAAAAAGACUCCUCAAAAAGACAAGGUUAAAGCCACUCCCAAGAAGAAAAUUAGGGUUAAAAAUGCUACAAAUAAAGCAAGCAGGGCAACUUAUAAUACAAAGAGGCCUUCUCUGACAAAUCGGAAUCAAUUUGAUAUUACAGCUACUAAAUAUUCGAAUAAAUCGAAAAGAUCUAAGGUAGCUUUGUUUAAUGCAAGCGUACCACGAGAUAGUAAAUAUAAGAGAGAAAGAGCUUUCAGGAAUAGGUCCCAGAUUAAGCAUUACCAAAAUCUGAAUAGGUCAGCACAUGCAGGGAAGAAAUCAAGACCUCGCACCUUUGGAAAUAAGUCUCAUUUAUAUAGCUCAGAUCAUGCAAAUUCUUUUACAAAUUUGCAUGGAAUUGGACGUCCUAAGAAGAGGUUUAAAUCAAGUCAGAGACAAAGAAGGCCUUUGAGUAGUAGGAGAGUUGAUAGAAAGCCCAAGGAACAAGAGGUGCUCAUUACCAAGACUUAUGAUCUUUGACUGAGUAUAAAUAAGGAUGGAGAGAAUCCCUCCUCAACUAUCAGCAAGAAAAUAUCAUACAUCAAUAAAGACGAUCAAGAAUGAAUAUUCACUGUCAAAAGUUCUCACCCAGAUCAAAUGACAUUUAAGAAUGAUGAAAUUAUUGUAGGAGCAGGGGAGAAAGCUAAGUUUGGUAUUAGAUUCAAAAUGGUUGAUGAGCCUAAACUGGCCCAAUACGUUCUGUUUCUUAGUAAAGACGGACAUCCCCAUGAAAAUAUUCUCCUAAAUGUCAAGUAUGAAUAGGACUUCGCAAAUUUAACAUUAAUAUUCAACAAUCUGU